CGUCACAGGGGCCCGGUGCGAUGUGGUCCUCCGGGUGUGGCAGCGUACCGGGAGCCGGGAGACACUUUGUCCGGUUGUUGUUGUUGUUACUGAGGACGAGCGCCGAGCGGAAGGACGCGCUUUGCGCCAGCACGCUCACUGCAGGGGCAAUACCUCGGGCAUGCGCAGUCCGCUCCUCUGUGAGAGGGAACGAGUCUGCAGGAACACACAGAAACCAGUCAGAACACACAAACCAGUCAGAUAAACCAGUCAGAACACACAAACCAGUAAGACAAACCAGUCAGAACACACAAACCAGUAAGACAAACCAGUCAGAACACACAAACCAGUCAGAUAAACCAGUCAGAACACACAAACCAGUGAGACAAACCAGUCAGAACACACAAACCAGUGAGACAAACCAGUCAGAACACACAAACCAGUCAUAUAAACCAGUCAGAACACACAAACCAGUCAAACAAACCAGUCAGAACACACAGAAACCAGUAAGACAAACCAGUCAGAACACACAAACCAGUCAGAUAAACCAGUCAGAACACAGAAACCAAUAUCAGAACACAGAAACCAGUAAGACAAACCAGUCAGACAAAAAAAACACAGAUACCAGUCAGACAAACCAGUCAGAACACAGAAACCAGUCAGACAAAAAGAACACAGAUACCAGUCAGACAAACCAGUCAGAACACAGAAACCAGUCAGAUAAACCAGUCAGAACAGAGAAACCAGUCAGAACACACAAACCAGUCAAACAAACCAGUCAGAACACACAGAAACCAGUCAGACAAACCAGUCAGAUACGAGUCAGAACACAGAAACCAGUAAGACAAACCAGUCAGACAAAAAAAACACAGAUACCAGUCAGACAAACCAGUCAGAACACACAAACCAGUCAGAUAAACCAGUCAGAACACACAAACCAGUCAGAUAAACCAGUCAGAACACAGAAACCAGUCAGACAAAAAGAACACAGAUACCAGUCAGACAAACCAGUCAGAACACAGAAACCAGUCAGACAAAAAGAACACAGAUACCAGUCAGACAAACCAGUCAGAACACAGAAACCAGUCAGAUAAACCAGCAGAACAGAGAAACCAGUCAGAACACACAAACCAGUCAAACAAACCAGUCAGAACACACAGAAACCAGUCAGACAAACCAGUCAGAUAAACCAGUCAGAACACAGAAACCAGUAAGACAAACCAGUCAGAACACA